AUGGAGGAAAGCAAACUGAUGAAGAGGGCCGUUACCGCUUACAUCAGCUUCCUGGCGAGGUUAACGUUCUGUUGGCUGCUUAUGGUGAUCACCGAGCUACUGCGUGGUCUAAGCAAGAUCUGCACCACGGCAGGAACAACCGUGCAGGACUACCGCACCUCCUUUCGUGACCGAGUGCAACUCUUGGUAGCGAGGGUGUUCAAAAACACCUCCCAUUUCCUGCUUCAUGGGCUCACGCUACUCUUCGGCACCCACGCCCUCAAACUGCUACACCCAGUAAUGGAGUGGUUCACGGUCUGGCAUAAAGCUGUCGCCUCGGGACUGACAGGCUUUCGCGGCUCCCUGACUGACUACGUCGGCCUCGUGCUGUCGAUGGCUUCCCUCCUCGCCGUGUUGGUGCUCAAGCCCAUCGUGGGAGUGGUGCUCGGCGCUCUCGUCGGGGCAUUCCUUGCGAGCCUUGCCGCCAUCGACUCGCUGUUCAACUAUCGGGGAAUGCUCGACGGCCUGCUCGCUCUUGGGCUUCGUCUCGGUCUUGCAGGCGUCGAGGGCCUGGCCAAGGUGGGCAACGUGGGCGGCGUGCUCGAUGACGUGUUGAGCACAGUGCUGGCCAUGUUCGACGACUACCUGCGCUACCGGGAGCUGAGGGCCGCUUCGGCCCGAGGGAAAGGCAAGGCCAAGGCUGAGGAGUUGCCGAAGGCCACCUCUUUCCACGCGCCGAAGGGAUAUCACGAACUGAAGGAGGAGCUGAAGGAGGAGGAAGGAAAUAAGGCCGAACCAGCUCGACAGCGCAGCGGCUCGGAGGGCACAGGCGAGGCGGACGCCCAAGAACCCACGCAGUGA